AUGCCUCCUUCCACACGAGAUACCCGUGCACCAGGAGAAGAAAUCACAGCCAUCCGGCUGUACCUUUCCCGACUGCAAGCUUCCGCCGUCUGCCCUACCUUGCUCUGCUCGUUCAAUCGCUCCGCAUCGAGCUCACACCCGGGUCCUACACUAGCGCCGCCUUAAGCGACAAUUCGGACCGUUCAUCUUCACUAGCGAGCAGCACCCGACACUUCUGCUACUCGACGGCAUCCUUCCCGCGCUGCGAAGCAGUGGCCAGCUAGAAUUUCUAUACCCAGUGGACCAAGCGCUGCUUAUCCGAGCCUCGCUAAUCCUCGCGUCCAAUAUUUGA